AAAUAAUUUUCCGAAGAUAAAAAUGUAUUUCAGAUGGUGAUAAUAGGUUAUAGUCAGUGCUGAUCAAAGAAAUUAGGUUCCACUUCAACUUUUUACUCUUUAGCUGGUAGUCACGACUAAUCAUAUGUCUUUCGAGUUCAGAUGGCAUAUAGUGCAAUCUCAUACUAGUUCCACUCUAUUAACAAAGGGACUUUAGGCCCCAUUAUGGACACAAAAAAAGGUUAGGUGAUGGAGAAUGAAAGAAGAAAUAGCGGGUCAAAACAACAUUUUCGACCCCCAGAAAAAUAAGGGAGAAUUGAGAACCUCACAGAAUUAACAGACAAUGCUAAAAUAAGGUAAACCAUUUAUGACACAAAAUAUAACCUUCUAUCCCUUAGAUACACAGUCCUCCUAUGAAUCAAAUCUCCAUCCAAACCAAUAAUCACAUCAGGAUUCACAAUGGCCAAGUCUAUCAUCAUCGUUGCUUCUACCCUUUGUUUCUUGUCAUUCUUUGGUUCAGCUUAUUGCCGGGACCGCUUCUUUAUUGAGGGCUCAGUCUACUGUGACACAUGCCGCACUCAGUUCCUCACAAGGGUCAGCGAGUUCAUGUCAGGUGCAACCGUGCGAGUGGAGUGCAAAGAUACUGAGAAUGGAACUUUGACAUUCAGCAAGGAUGCAGUUACUGAUAGAAACGGGUCAUACAAAGUGGAGGUGGAUGGAGAUCAUGAAGAGGAGGUUUGUGAGGUUAAGCUUAUAAAGAGUAGCAGGGAAGACUGUGGAGAGGUUGACACUGCUUCUCACCUUGAACAAGCUGCUAUGAUUAGCAUCACAAGCAACAAUGGAAUCAUGUCACCAAUCCGCACUGCCAACCCUCUUGGUUUCUUGAAGAAGAACCGUCUUCCAAUAUGCUCUGAGGUGUUCCAAGAGCUAGGACUUUUGGACGAUGGCAGCAUUGAAUUAUGAAAAACAUAGUCAUAGGAAUCCCUUUUAACUAUUAUAGAAUAAAGCAUGGAUCAAUCUUUUUUACUCUUUUUUAUGAUCAUGAUAUAUGUGGGAGUUUCUCUAGCCUCGAAUUCU